UUCUGUCGCGCCCAAUUACCUACUUCAUUGUUUUCUUAUUUCAAUUUUCAAAUUCAAAUCCGGAGUAAGUUCCAUGUCUCUGACAUCCUCCGCCACCAUCUCACCACCGUGGGCAGUCCUUGCUCUUGUUGCUCACCACCUUGACCCCAGAACCCUAGCCAUAGCCUCCUGUGUAUGCAAGUCAUGGACCAUUUCCAUGUCCUCAGACCUCCUCUGGAAACCCUUGUGCAACAACCAUUUCCCUUCCCUGUCCGACAUCCACUUCACCGACUUCACUGUCCCGUACCACCGUCUCUACGCCAUUGGCCACACUGCCGCCAGGCGCCGCCUCCAGACCCCCCGCAAGCCACUGCUUUCCCUUGACAGCCUCAUCUUCGCCAUCAACAUCCGCACCAGAACUUCUCACAUCGUGAGUCUGGAGAAACCUGGCGAAGAACUACAAGUCGUUCCUGGCGGGGUGUUCAAGUUCGAUAUCGAUGUGAACUACGAGAGUCCCGCGUCGAUGUUCGAUGAUUUGGGGGACGUGAAAAUCACGUGGAAUGUAAUACUGAGAGGGUGGAGAGGGAUAUUUACGAUGAUGGAUUGCGAGGGGAAGGUGAGCUUUUCUCCAGGGGCAGAAGGGUGGUUCUCGGAGGAGCUACCGUCGCCGGGGUGUUGCUCAAGUGAGGUGGCGAGCGGCAUGGUGGCGGAUGUGAAGUUGGGUUUUUGUGGGAGGAGAUCGGAGAGCGGUGGUGGCAGGAAGGUUAGGGCGGAGAAGGUGAGUGUGGGGAUUCUGAGUAUAGUAAAUUGGAGGUACGUAAAUAUGGACGAUGGUCUAAGGUAUCUGCAGCAUUUUCUUGUUCCUUCUGAUGUGUAAAGCAUUUGGAACGACACGGUCGCUCCAGACCCUUCUUGUGGGGCUUUGUUCUUAUUAACAUGGAUGCAUGGAUCGAAUUUAUAAGCA